AUGGCUUCAACGGCAAGUCAUUUAGCAGCAUUUGCAUUAAUACUCUCUCUUGCAGCAACAUGCUCCUCAGCGGAACUCUCUCCUAACUUCUACAACGAGUCGUGCCCCGCCGCACUGUCGGCCAUCAAAAGCAUCGUUGACGCCGCUGUGGCGAAAGAAGGACGCAUGGGAGCUUCUUUACUUCGUCUCCACUUCCAUGAUUGUUUUGUCAAUGGAUUUGAGGUUGUGGAUGACAUCAAGACCGCGGUGGAUAGCUGCUGUGGUGGCCCAGUCGUCUCCUGUGCUGAUCUCUUGGCCGUUGCUGAUCGUGACUCUGGUGGCGAUAAUUAG